AAGACAAUGAAGGUUGAAGAGUGGGUCGAACUAUCGAACAAGUGCAAAUACCUCCCAGAAAAAAGUCUCAGACAACUAUGCGGUCAAGUAUCAGAUAUCCUAGUGGAGGAAUCAAACGUUCAGCCAGUAUCAACUCCUGUCACAGUCUGUGGGGAUAUACACGGACAAUACUAUGAUCUGAUCGAACUAUUCAAAGUGUCUAACGAUCCCCCAGACACAGGGUUCAUCUUUAUGGGGGAUUUUGUGGACAGAGGGUACUAUUCUAUAGAGACCUUAACCAAACUGUUGGUACUGAAAGUGUUGUAUCCUACCAGAAUAACAUUACUGAGAGGUAACCAUGAAUCACGGAGUAUAUCACAAGUCUACGGGUUUUACGACGAAUGUCAGGUUAAGUACGGGAACUCCCACAUGUGGAGAAUGUGUUGUGAUCUGUUUGAUCUGCUGCCAGUAGCAGCGCUAAUAGACGAGGUGUUGUGUGUUCACGGGGGGUUGUCUCCACUGGUCGCUACAAUUGAUGACAUGAGGGUUAUUGUCAGAGACAGGGAGAUCCCUCAGGAGGGUCCACUAAGUGACCUGGUUUGGAGUGACCCUACAGAUACAGUUCAAACCUGGGCACCAAGUCCCUGAGGAGCGGGCUGGUUAUUUGGGGAAUCUAUUGUUAAACACUUCAACUAUGUAAACAAUUUGUCCCUGAUGUGUAGGUCUCACCAGUUGGUUAUGGAGGGGUAUAAUUUCAUGUUCGAUAAAAUGCUGGCUACAGUUUGGUCGGCUCCUAAUUAUUACUACAGGUGUGGGAACAUUGCGUCUGUUUUUAGUUUUGAUACGGCAAGCGACUACACUCCUAUCAUUUUUUGGGCUGUUCCAAAUGAAAAGAGGGAAAUUCCUAACAGACAGCAAAUUUUACCGUACUUUGUCUGAGAAUUAGUGGCUUCUGAACAUAUUGGGUACUCAACAAAAUGUAUGAUAUUUUUCUACCA